AUGGCGACCUUUCCCAAAACAGCCAACAAGAUGCAGCCCCCGCAGGCGACGGGGCCGAUGCAACCGCCGGUGCUGCUACAGCAGCCGAUGCAGUCCAUGCACGCGGUGCAGCAGUCGCAGGCAAUGCAGCAGGCACCGCCGACAUACAAGGCCUUCUCCGGACCGUUUUUCAAGGAGGACCUCCAAGCAGACCGGUACAAGACGUCGCACGAGUUCUUCUUGGACACCGGACUUCUGAAUGGGUUUUGUCGUCGUGGACGACGCCGGCUGCAAGAGAUCGAAGAAGCCACGAAUGCCACCGUGAAGCUUGACCGUAGCCGUGGCGUGCUGAAGGCGUUUGGCACCAUAGAAGCCAUCCAGCAAGUGCAGCAGCAGCUGGAAAGCAUGAUGGGCCCUCGCAAAGAGAUCUCACGUGCCGCGUGGGCUGAGCUUAUGCGCACGAGGACAGGGCAAGAAGAUGGAGUAGCGUUGCAGCGGAUUCAGAAUCAAAGUGGCUGCCGGUUGCACAUCGAGCGAUCCAAGUCUGAAGUGAGGCUGUUUGGCUCCAAAGAGGCCGCUGCAGUGGCAGACCGGCUUUUGGACGACUUUCAAAAAAUGUGCAUGGAGCGGUUCGUCCCAUGCCCCAACAGCGGCAUGUUGGACUUGGACCGCCUCAACGAGAUGGCACAGGUCCUUUGCGUCACGUUUCGGCUGGAAGAAAACGUGAUCUUCAUCCUUGGGGUGGAAGACGUGGUGGUGGCCGCAGCACAGGAGUUGAGCAAGUACCUCUCCAACCCCGGAGCUUACAGAGCGCCAGAAGCAACGGAUGCAUGUGCGAAAAUCUCCACGAAGGUGUCCAUGCUUUGCAACCUGGAUGCCAGCCCGGGGACGACUACCGCAUCGGGUGAGGUCUUCGAGAGUGGCAGUGAGCUGGGAGCCGAUUGGAGUCCUUCACAGGGGCAGCAGCCAGCAAAUUCUCCCGGCUUCGGUGUCCUGUCCUCUACUCCUCCAUGCAUGGCAUCGCCAUCGUCCUAUGGCAGCCCGGGAGGUAUGCAGCAGCCCCUGAUGCCACGGGGGAUGUUUGCCGAUCCAGAUGGACACCAUUGCAAUCACUGCGGAGCGCCACGUUUCUGUGGCCAUUGUGGGAACCAAAUCUGGACGAUUCAGUCGUCAGGUGCCCCUUUGAUGCUGACGCCGGCAACCCCUCAAAUCUUGUCAAUGGAGCAGCAGCAGAAGCAGAACUUCGCGCAGCUCCAGCCCAACUAUUUCCAGGUCUGCGCGCCGCAGGGUCCUCAUGGUGUCAUGGCAAGCAUGGGACCACUUCCAGUCGGUCGCUGA